AUGGACCGCAUGUUCAUCACCAGCAAUGUUCCCCACGAUCAAUGUGAGAUUCAGUUCUCGCUCAUGAGCGCCCAGAAGGAGUGCCCCCGUGACUUGUUCUCCAUCUCGUACGAGCCUCGCCAGACGAUGUUGUUCAAAGAAUCCCUCGUGCGUUUUCCCCAAUACUACAAGUCCACCGCGGAGGAGUGGUUGUUCAACAAGCUGGUGUUUGAUGAACAAGAAACUUGUAAUCAUUUACAGACAGCAUCUGGCGCGUGGGAAAAGUUUUACGGCCGAACCAGGAUGAUGAAGAAUCAGUGA